AUGUGCAGCCUCUUUCUCUCGGAUCCUGUUGGAUUGCCUGAGACUUUUAUUGGCCAAUUGAUCGGCCUUCUCAGUCUUGGAUCUGUGCAGGCGGCGGUGAGUGGCGUGCAAUCAGGUCAUCACCAUCUUUUCAGUCAAACGUCUAUAGGAUCUGGUCUCGGAUUAAACUUAGCCGACUUUGAGUCUACCAGCCUAUCUCUUCUCUCACAACAGCAAAAGACUGAUGAAAGUGAGUUGUUGAUCUAUGUACGAUACAAAAAAUGUUAUUUCUAUGCAGAUAAAUUUUCAUAA